CCUGCACCAUCCCAGUUCAGCUCAUUCCAACCUCCCAGGCGACAGCACAUCCAAACUUACUGGAGACACUUCCCACCCUGGAUACAUGGGACCCUCACUCCUGACUGCAGGACGCUGAUCCCGGGGGGCUCCCACAUUCUGCACCUCAAGUGAGAAACAGCGUUCGGCACAGCCAACCGUGCAGCCUGAUAUUCGCCGGAUUCCCCGGCGUCCUUGUCUCCCUGCACCUGCAUGUUUUACUGCACGCCUAAGAAAUAAAGAAGUUGACGCUAGCUGUCUGUGAUUUCGGUACCCUUGGCGUUGAUUGGCGGUCACCAUGGGGAUAAAGACAGCCUUACCGCACUAUGAGCUCGGCUUUUAUGCUCUGGUCCUGACCUGCGCUCUGGUCUAUUCUAUGAAUGGGAUCUUUGAGGCGUCCCGAGAUAAUAUGAAUCGGAAAUCAUUCAAAGAGAAUGUCAAAACCGGCUGGUAUUACUUCGGGAGGAAAAUGGACACCGCAGACUUCGAGUGGGUCAUGUGGUUCACGACAUUCAGAAAUUACAUCAUUUUUGCUCUCGCAGGACAUGUCAUCUUUGUCAAGAUCUUCUCCCUCCUAAUCCCUAAGCACAGGUCCUGGGUGUACAUGCUCUAUGGGAUGGUGACCGUCCUGACUAUUAUGGGUAGUAACUACCUGAUGCUGAUCCUGUCGCACUGCCUGAUCCUCUACACUUUGUCGCUGGUAAAACAGAAGUGGCUCUGCUACGCUGCCGGUCUGUGCAGCCUGGUAUCCUUCAAAAUGGAGCCUUUCACCACUUGGCAAAAUGGUUUUGUGUCGGGAACCUUCACACUCCAGGAGAUCCUCUUCUAUGGCGGCAGCGGCUUCACCAUCCUGCGCUGCAUGAGCUUCGCCCUGGAGACCUGCGACAGGAAGGAGGGGUACUACUCUCCCAUCCAGCUCCUCAAGUAUAACUUCUACCUGCCCUUCUUCUUUUUUGGCCCCAUUAUGACCUUUGACCAGUUUUAUGAGCAGGUUCACAACAAGACCCUGACCCGUAAAGACAAUGAGAUGCGGAGCAUUCGUGUCCAGGCCGUGGUCCACGUGCUGCUCAUACUCCUCGUGGACGUCCUAUUCCACUUCCUCUACAUUCUCUCCAUACCGUCAGACUUGAAAUGCGUGAAGAAACUUUCGGACUGGUCGCUGGCCGGCUUGGCGUACUCUAACUUAGUCUACGAUUGGGUGAAGGCAGCCGUGAUGUUCGGUGUUAUAAACACCAUCUCCAGACUGGACCAUCUCAACCCUCCGCAGCCGCCCAAGUGUAUCACCAUGCUCUACGUCUUUGCUGAAACACACUUUGACAGAGGGAUAAAUGACUGGCUCUGCAAAUACGUCUACGACUACCUCGGUGAGAAUCAUAAUAACAUAAAGAAGGAGCUGGUGGCCACUAUUGCCACAUUCCUGGUGACCACCCUGUGGCUCGGCCCCUGUGAGAUCGUCUACAUCUGGUCAAUCUGCAACUGCUUUGGUCUGAAUUUCGAGUUAUGGGUACAGAAGUUUUUUGAGUUGGAACCAUUUGCCAGCCUGGAGGCAAGGCUUCCUGAGUCCAUGUCCAGGAGGAUCCGAGGCUUUUUCGGGGCAGCGAACUUCUGGGCUAUUAUUUUAUACAACAUUUUAGCCCUGAACAGUCUGGAAUUCGCUUUGCUGGUGGCUAAAAGGAUUCUCAUCACAGGCUUCCCGGUCAGCACCCUGUCCAUAUGGUUUGUGACGUACUGUGGGGUCCAGCUCAUCAAGGAGAGGGAGCGGGUCCAGGCCAUAGAAGAGGAGCAGAGCCAGAAGCUGAAGGCUGCCUGACCCCACAACCAAAGACCCCAUAGAUCUGCGCUCCUGACCGCGCCCCCCAAACCGCUAGAGCCAAUAAAUAUUUUAUAUAAGGACGGAUCCCAUUAUUGUGUCUCAUCUACAGGGCCGGAGUCCAGGGACAUCUCCUCCAUAUAAAGCUGCAUCAUGAUGCUCCAAACACCUCCAGAGCUGCACUCUCUGUUCUAUCAUGUCUUAUUCUCCAGUCACCUCUAGAGCUGCACUCACUAUUCUGCUGUUACAUCAUGUCUUAUUCUCCAGUCACCUCUAGAGCUGCACUCACUAUUCUGCUGUUACAUCAUGUCUUAUUCUCCAGUCACCUCUAGAGCUGCACUCACUAUUCUGCUGUUACAUCAUGUCUUAUUCUCCAGUCACCUCUAGAGCUGCACUCUCUGUUCUGCUGUUCUAUCAUGUCUUAUUCUCCAGUC